AGACGAUGUAAAUCAUCCUUCUCAGGGACUAGAGGCUCUCCUUACUUUACUCGUUGCUCUCUCUACCCUUUCUCUUAGCUGAUGCCAUACUAGCUGAGAUCUCCGCCAUGUCCGAAUCAGAGCGACCUCACUUCGAGACUCUCCAGCUUCAUGCGGGUCAGGAGCCGGAUCCCACAACCAAAUCUCGGGCAGUUCCAAUCUAUGCGACCACAUCAUACGCCUUCAAUGACUCCGCGCAUGGCGCCAGGCUCUUUGGCCUCAAAGAGUUUGGCAAUAUUUACAGCCGGAUUAUGAAUCCGACGGUUGAUGUCUUCGAGAAGCGUAUUGCUGCCCUUGAAGGUGGUGCCGCGGCCGUCGCAGCCUCUUCUGGCCAGGCAGCGCAAUUCAUGGCCAUCUCGGCUCUUGCCCAUGCUGGCGACAACAUCGUGUCCACCAGUAACUUGUAUGGUGGCACUUAUAACCAGUUCAAAGUUCUCUUUCCUCGUUUCGGGAUCAAAACCAAAUUUGUCCAAGGAGACAGUCCAGAGGAUAUAGCCGCAGCCAUUGACGACCGUACCAAGGCCGUCUAUGUUGAAACGAUCGGGAACCCUCGGUAUAAUGUACCCGACUUUGAAGCCAUCGCAAGAGUCGCUCAUGAAAAAGGUAUACCACUGGUGGUCGACAACACAUUCGGAGCUGGUGGAUAUUUCUGCCGUCCCAUCGAGCACGGUGCUGAUAUUGUUGUACAUAGCGCCACCAAGUGGAUUGGCGGCCAUGGCACUACAAUUGCGGGGAUUGUUGUUGACAGUGGGAAGUUCGACUGGGGCAAAAAUGCGGCACGUUUCCCACAAUUCGUCGAGCCCUCUGAAGGCUAUCAUGGUCUGAAAUUCUGGGAAACCUUUGGCUCCAUUGCCUUUGCCAUUCGUGUGCGGGUGGAGAUCCUCCGUGACCUUGGACCAGCUCUGAAUCCGUUUGCUGCGCAACAGCUCCUGCUCGGGAUCGAGACCUUGAGUUUGCGCGCUGAGAGACACGCAAGCAAUGCCAUAACGCUAGCGAACUGGCUCCUCAAGAAUGAAAACGUUUCCUGGGUCUCAUAUCCUGGUUUGGAGGACCACCUUAGUCACGAGACCGCUAAGCGUUACCUCAAGCAUGGAUUUGGUGGUGUCCUAUCCUUUGGGGUCAAGGGAGGCGCUGCCGCUGGCGCUCAGGUAGUCGAUGGCUUUAAGUUAAUUUCCAAUCUUGCCAAUGUUGGCGACUCGAAGACCCUUGCCAUUCAUCCCUGGUCGACGACUCAUGAACAACUUACCGAACAGGAACGUCUCGACUCAGGAGUCACUGAGGAUGGAAUCCGCAUCUCGGUUGGUACCGAGCAUAUUGACGAUAUCAUUGCUGAUUUUAAGCAAUCUUUCAAGGCUGCCAGUGCCCUAUCGACCACGCCUAGUGAUGGUACAUGGUCACCCGAAUAGCUUACUGACACAGGAGGCUUGCUAUACCCCUAGGCUACAGGGGAAGUGAACGUGAAGAAUGGAACGUGCAAGAGACUACAUGCGGACACUGGAAGAACCAACGCAUAGGCGCAGUAAUGAAGUAUGAUCGCUGACCCACGACACAUUGGAUGUAUGGGAUACCCCGAGAGCAUCGGUAUUAAAGAGCGGUAAUUUAACAUGCUUGCAUUUUGUAAUCAAUGGCUAUACAUCCUAUAUACCGAUGGCUCGUAGGUGUAGCUGAAUACACGGAUUCAAGGUGACAGACAAAACGUGUCAGAGGUG